AACAGUCGUUUCAGUGAGGCUGAUCUCGAACGAUUAUAUGAUGAAUGGGAGAAGAAUGAUCCAGAUAAAGAAGAUGAUGACGAUGAUGAAGCGUCAAAGAAGAAACCAAAAGUGGUUGAUCUAAAGGGUUUAGAGGGAAAGAAUCCGGAAGAAAUACUCAAAAGGACGAAGAAAGGUGAAACUCUCAUGAUGUUCGUAAAUGUUCGAGAUCCUCAAGUACCAUCAAGAAAGGAUCGGCCCUACACUAAUAAAAUGACGGAACUCUGGCGUGUAAUGCUCCUUAAUAACCAUAUACAAGCUCAGGUCUUUUUGAUUGAUGAUGAUCGAGCUAUCUUUAUGUUCCCUGAUGGAUCUCAGGCUUUCGAGGCGAAAGAUUUCUUGUUGAAACAGAUUGAGGUCACCGAGAUCACAUUGGAAGGCCAGCAAUACUUCGGCGCUGGAGCGGCCAACAAACAAGAAUUAUGA